CGGGACAGUAAUUGCGGGGGAUUGCACUGGCCGAUUGCAUUGGCUGCUGCGAUUAGCGCGCGGCUUAGGCGCAGCAGGACUGAACGAGCGCUUCCCUCGAGUGUCGACUGCAUUGCUCGCCAAACUCCAUCAAUUACAAUGAAAGAGCACGAUCAUAACGAUUUCCCCUCUCCCAGUCAACCAUCUCAACCACCAUCCGAUUCCGCCGACGUUCGCUCUCGCUAAACGACGCCUACGACAUCCUCGCGCAUCCACCAACAUUUUCUUAUUCCUCACCAUGUUGCCCUUUGCGGAAUUAUUCUAAAUCUUCAGCACAGAGUUGUGUAAUUAAUUUCCCCGGUUGAUAGAAUAUUUGACAAGAUGUCUUCGGUUGUGUUGACCGCUACUUCAGGCUCGCCACGCAACAGCGAGUCGCCUUCGUCGACGAGCAAAUCGCUGGAGAAGGAGGAGGCGCUCCUGCGCAAGCGCCCGGCCUCCACGGUGUCCUCGUCCAGCUCGACGGCCAGCGAGCGCGAGUCCAGCGAGGACGGCCAGCGCCCGCCGCCCUACCCCGCCAAAAAGGUCAAGCCCAGCUUCUCCAUUCAGAGCAUCCUGGCGCGCCCCGAGCCGCUGCGUCCGGCGCACACGGGGCUCAUCUCGGCGGCGCCGUUCCCCCCGCAUCCCGCCCCGCCCCCGCUGCACGCCGGGCACCUGCAGAACUACACGGCCACGGCGGCCGCGCACAUCCUGCAGGCCAACCUGCAGGCCGCCGCCGUCCACUGCUUCCCGCACCAUAAAUUCCCGGCGCAGACGCUCUUCUACCCGUGGACAAUGGCCGCCAUGCAGGGCCUGCAUUCCGCGCAGCAUGAGCUACCUGGUAAGAGAAUUUGUCGACAAAGCCUUCUUGCCGACGGCAAUAAAUCUGCAGCGGAGUGCGCAGGCGGCAGCCGGCAAUUCCCUGCUCUUCGCCGCCAACUAUUCCAAAGCGGAAUCCCUGUCCAACGAGCACAUCGGGAAAAAAGCGCCCCUGGACGCACCUCCAGCAAAGGCCACGGGCAGUCGCAGUCAGGUUGCGGUCUGCUGUUGCCGGACGGUCCCUCCGACCGGGACUUGGGCGCCCUCCACCGCCCGACCCCGCCGUCGCGCUCCCCACCGACGACGCCCGGCCCCUCCGAGCCGGACGACAAGCCGCCCGCCCCGGGGCUGCUGUCCGCCGGGGGCCCGCAUCCCUGCCACCGGGACCGGGACCGGGACCGCGACGCCGACAACAAAUCGCCGUCGUGCGCCUCAAUUGCCGGCUCAGCGGCCGGCUCGGACGCCGGCAGUUCCAGCCAGCUGCACCGCCGCAAGAAGACGCGCACGGUGUUCUCGCGCAACCAGGUCUACCAGCUGGAGUCGACCUUCGACGUCAAGCGCUACCUCAGCAGUGCGGAGCGCGCGGCGCUGGCCACCAAUCUCAACUUGUCGGAGCAGCAGAUCAAGAUAUGGUUUCAGAACCGGCGGAACAAGUGGAAGCGGCAGAUCUGCUCGGACCCGGACAUGUCGCAGCAGAUGAACGCCCCGGCGCGCUUCCUGUCCGGCCACGAGAACGCGGCGCUCUCCAUGCAGCUGUACCCCUUCGCCGCCGGCGUCGGCGUCGGCGUGGGCGGGAGUGGCGGGGAUGGAGGAAGUCGGCAGAGCGGCGCCGGGCUGCUGGCCAACCUCUUCUGCCCGAACAGCCUCCACCCGGCGCUCUACCACGUGCCCUUCUCGCGCUCCACCGUCUGACGCGCGCCGGGCACUGUUUGCGUGGUGAGCCUGACGGCCAACGGCUGUUUUAUGUAGAAUUGCGGUAGAUCCUUGAUUUGGCAUGUAUCAUCUAGUCCUUUAAUGUUCCCUGCU